UUCAUCCUUUCUAUCUUCUCUCAACGCCUGUCUUCAUAAAUAGUCAUUUUGCUUGAUAACGGAAGGGGAAUAUCGGUUUCCGUGUGCCUUUGCUUUUUACUUCUUCCCUCAAAUCGCCGCCAUCCCUCUCUCGCCCUCGAUAGCUCGACGUGCAUCGGACGGCCAUCGCUACGAACUAUAAAAUAUGGCGACCAAGGCAGCCUAUAAACGACUCACUCGCGAAUACCAAAACAUUCAGAAGAAUCCUCCACCGUACAUCGUCGCUCAUCCCUCAGAAACCAACAUUCUCGAGUGGCAUUAUAUUCUCACUGGCCCUCCGGGCACACCGUACGAAAAUGGCCAAUACUGGGGUACACUGAUGUUCCCCCCCGAAUACCCGUUUGCGCCACCUGCCAUUCGCAUGCACACCCCUAGCGGUCGGUUUCAACCAUCAACUCGCCUUUGCCUCAGCAUUAGCGAUUUCCACCCGAAGUCAUUCAAUCCGGCCUGGGAGGUAUCCACUAUUCUGAUCGGGCUGCUCUCUUUCAUGACAAGCGAAGAAAUGACCACUGGGAGUGUGAGUGCUUCCGAGGCAGAACGGAGAGUGCUAGCCGCCCGGUCAAGAUGGUGGAAUUCCACCGGUGGAGGCUCUCAUAUUAGUGCCACGCCCGGAGUCACACCUUCUGCCAAAGGGAUCAAUAAUGUUAAGGCUGGAGAUGGAGGCUUGAAGUUCCGCACGGAAUGGCCAGAGCUUGAUCAGGACAAUUGGAGAUGGAUGAAAGAGAGUCGCAUUGACACAAACACUGGCCAGCUUCUACCGGACCCCAAUGCUGCGACAAAAUGCUCUCCAGAGACGAGUGCUCUCCGCAGACGGCCUAAUGGCAGUGCUCCAGGCUUGGGCGUCGUAGUCGAGGGCGGCCAGGUGGCGCGAGAAGCCGGUCAGAGCUGGGUUCGCCGCAACAAGAUUUGGCUGGGCUUCGCCAUCAUUUUCGGUUAUGCGCUUCUCACAAGGCUGGUCAAUGAUGUACAAGGAUGAGCCGCCGAGCUGUCUCCUGUCGCGCAGAGGUCGGGUCUAACUUGAGCUAACGUACGAUGAAUAUUGCACUGGCGCUUGGCAAGUCUUGUCGCUUUUCAAUUCAAGGUGCAUUGGGUUUCUAAUCACUUUGGUCAUUUCUGGGUGAUUUGUUGCGGGUCUAUGAUUCCAUGUUUCGGUAAGGCGUUCAAAGAAUGGAACGGCGUCACGAUCACAACUGAAUUCUUGCUUUGGGUCUUGAAGAACUUUGCGUCAUGCGAGCCGCCUAGGACAGGAGAUUGUAUAUAUAGUGGGAGAGCAAAAGAAGACUCAAAUGAUAGCG